AUGCCGACCUAUCUCUGCCACGGCUUUCGUUGGCACCGCCGCGACCUGCGAGUCUUCGUCAUUCUCAACGACCUGGAGGAUGCCGCCCCCGACUGGGUCAUCGGCGAGACCACGGCGACCCUGAUCCUCGACCACUUCACCAAGAUCUUCGACUUCUUGCCCGUCAUCUCCGAUGAUGAGGCCGAGGCGGCCUCGUAUCCCUGGAACGGCGUACACCCGACGGCCGCCGCGCUACACCACGAUGACAACUUCUCGCAGCCCCCGGCGCGGGUCCCCGUGGCCCACGACCCCGUGCUGCAGUACACCUGGUCGCCGGUGAAGCUCCUCGAGGAGUACGACCCGGACGAGACGGUCAGCCCCGCCCGACCCUACGCGUACGUCGCCGACCACGUCGUCCGCGUCGACCUCGGCGCCGACGUACUCGCCGAGAUGGCCGCCUACGACAAGGCGAGCAAGGCCGGCCACCACGACUGGUUCGCGACGCUGCGCGACAACCUGCAAAAGGACUCCGCCAUUGGCUGGUACGUGGUGGUGUGCAGCGACGUCGAGCGCGACUACCCGGCCAGCGACGACGGCGAGAUAAUCUCCGAGGCGGGAGACGCGCGAGCGUCGCAAGGCGAGAUGCCGCUGCGGCCCGCGACGACGAUGACGACGCAGUCGAGACAACGAGAGUCGUCUGCGACGACCAGCAGCGCCCAGGACUCGCAAGACCAAUCAAAGGGGCCAGCGGCCCAAGACUACGCGCACAUCAAGCCGCCGCCGAUCCCCGAUGAUGAAAAUGCGCAAGGGGCCGGUCCUGGCUUCGCUCGGCGGCCGUCGCUGCGGCAUCGCCUGUCCAAGCAUGGCCUGCGCCGCUUGUUUAGCAAAAAGGACGACCAGCCCCAGGAGCAGGUCAGGUGA